AUGGAGGAUUUAAUCAGUAAUCUACCUGAUUCACUUAUAACUCACAUUAUAUCUUGUCUUCCUACAAAAGAUGCAGUUCGUACAAGUGUCUUAUCUAAGAAAUGGUUAAACCAUUGGAUCUCCAUCACCAAGCUAGAUUUAGAUGAUGGUGUGUUCUAUUCUCAAAGGAGGAAUAAAUCAGGUGCAAAACAAAACUUUAUAAACUUUGUGAAUAGGACUCUUCUUUUUACACCAAGAAACAAUGUGGAAAGUUUAUCACUUGUCAUCACUAAAGACUAUGAUGCAUCUCUUCUAAAUGCAUGGAUCUUUUGCAUAUUGGAGAAAUGUGUAAAGAAAAUUUGCAUCAAUGCAAUUUGUGAAGUCCCAUUCUCUACUCUUACAUCUCACUACCUUUUUUAUCAUUCCAAUUAUUUAGAAGAAUUGGUGCUUAAGAUGUGUUGUUGUGCUAUCAAAGUUCCUCCAAGUUCUUAUGGUUAUUUUACUUUUGGAAGCCUUAAAGUUCUCAACUUGUGUGCUAUUAUAUUUACCAUUGAGGAAUCUCUAGUUAUUCAUUUACCAGUAUUGACAAAGUUUAAGACAAAAAACUGCUUAUGGUUAAGUGCUUAUGAUGUCACUGUUGAAGCGCCUCGGCUUAAAACUGUUUGCAUAAAAGAAGACUUUAAGCCGUUGACUCGGGAGCUACGUAGCUGCAAAAUCAAAUUUUCUGCUUCAUGUUUGAAAGAAUUCACUUAUUGUGGUCAUGAUGGCAUAAUGCAACCCAUUGUUUUGUCGAAUCCAUCAGUAGCUUAUGAUGCUUAUGUUAACAUCAUUAUCUAUAAGCGUGGGAGUAUUGUUGAUCGAGAAAUUGGAUCAAGUGCUUGUCUCCUUCUUAAACAAUUCAGUCAAGUGAAGUGUAUCAAAUUUCAUAUAUGGGGGGAGGUAAUACUAAAUCAUCUAACCUAAUGUAAUCAUGAAUAUGUAGGCGCAUGUUUUUAAGCACGGCAUUGGUACUUAU